AUGCCCGACUCUGCCGAAAAUUCACGCCCUGCAAGCAGUGCGUUUGAAACACCCGGCGCCCCGCCGUCUUCGACCGCUACCACAACCCCUCCGCCAGUCCAGCAUGGCUUCCAUGUUGCCAUUGCGGACUCCACAACGACUGCCACGCUCCCACCCGCAGUGACGCCGGCGACGACGACCCGCCAGUCGGUCUCGCUAGGCGUGCUCUCGACGCUGUGGAGUGCCAACGGCCCGCCGACCGCCCUGCCGCCCGCGAUCGUGACCCACGCGCCCUCGCCCGUCGACGCACAGGAAGCACCAUUGCAAGACCUCGCCGCCAGCGCAGACUCAGUGCCCAGUGCCACUACCACCCUGACCAACACGCUGCCCCCCACCCAAUCGGCCGCCCUUCGUGCCCUCAAUGCGCCCGCCUUCCAGUCCCACGCCUCGUCCACCCUCAAAAGCAAGUCUGCAAAGUCGGCUUCGAGCCACACUACCCUGUCAAGCCAGCCCGUCGUGGUGCGCACCUACUCAGGCUCACGGCACAACUCGCGGCACUCAGGCUUCGCUUCACCCCGCUAUCCGAACAUGAACGGGCACGCGUCGCAGAAUACCUCUGCGUUGUCCGCUGGACUAGCAGCCCGGACCGAGAGGCUGCCUUCCAUCGAGGACUUCUCCUUCUCAGCUAUCCUCCGUGCUGUCGAUCCCGAGAUCAGAGACGCCAUUGAUGCCAUUGCAGAGAUAUGUGCGAGGAGCAGGUUGAGCCUCGCGGACGAGUACGAUGCUCAUCUUCCGCCGCAGGGCGAGAUAACUGGAACCGGUCCCGGCUGGGCGGCAGGCGUAGGAGCUCUAGUGGGAAGAGGUCGCAUAUCACGCAUCGGGCAAGGGUGGGCAGCGACUGAUCAUACACUAACGGCUGUACCAGAAGCAAGCAGCUCGAGUGAGAGACUGGCUGGGGAGGCACAAGGCACAGCGAGUAGCAAGAAGAGGAGCCAGUCUGCAUAUGGGAGCUUGAAGAGCGUCAUCAGCGGCGGGAGUGGGAAGCGGAAGGCCAGCAAUCCAGCUGUAGAACAAGCCGAAGCUCCUUCAGAGGAUGCGAAGCCUCGUGGACCCGCCUGGGCCGUUCACAAUUCGUCGGAAGAUCACCCGGUUAUCACUGUUCCCUCUCCUCAAGCGUCAAAUCAUCUCUCGCUAGACACUUCAUCAACCAUCAAGGACAUCCCACACGUUGACGAGAGCAGACCCUCACCAAGGCCGCAGACAGCCAUCCCUAGAGCUGCCUUUUCGCACAGCAGAAACGCGUCGCUUAACAGCUUGAACGCCUCUCGAGCACGUUCAAGCACACUAUCAUCCAUUACAUCGUGGUUGCCGUGGCCUCGACUUACCGAUACCAGGGCUAAUGCUCAACCAGAUCUUACAAAAGCUGAAACUAGACUGAGAGAGGUGUUGAUGGUAGCACAAGAGUCUGCGUUCGGAAGAGGUAAGGCAGCUUUGAGCAAUGCCUGA